AUGGAUCCCAUGGCUUCCAAUGAAUACCCCGCCGAAUCGGCAUACAGCCCUCACAUCGUCAAUGACCAAGACCAGCCACAAGAAGACACCACCGCAAUCCAGGGCGGGCAUCAAUCUCAGCCUUCCACAUUUACCGCAACUCCGCCGAUGGACAAUGACUCCAAUCAGAGAUACAACUCUCCCAGCCUGUACCAACAGCCGACUUCACGACCUGGCUCCGGAAUGGGCGGACAUCAACAAACACAAUAUCAAGAGAAUAGACAGUCACAAUCUUCCAGCAAAUCCAGCGUCGUCAUCAAAGUGGGCAUGGUUGGGGAUGCUCAAAUAGGAAAGACAAGUCUGAUGGUCAAAUACGUUGAGGGCAGUUGGGAUGAAGACUACAUACAGACAUUGGGUGUCAAUUUCAUGGAAAAGACCAUUUCAAUACGCAAUACCGAAAUCACUUUCUCCAUCUGGGAUCUCGGGGGCCAGCGAGAGUUUGUCAACAUGCUCCCCCUUGUCUGCAACGACGCCGUCGCCAUCCUCUUCAUGUUCGACCUGACACGGAAAUCAACGCUCAAUAGCAUAAAAGAGUGGUACAGACAGGGUCGAGGGUUUAAUAAGACUGCCAUCCCUUUCUUGAUCGGUACAAAGUACGACCAUUUUGUUAAUUUCCCCAGGGAGGAUCAAGAGGAGAUCAGCAACCAGGCCCGAAGAUUCGCGAAAGCCAUGCGUGCAAGUCUGAUCUUUAGCAGCACGAGCCACAGCAUCAAUGUCCAGAAGAUCUUCAAGAUCGUGCUCUCCAAAGCCUUCGAUCUGAAAUGCACCAUCCCCGAGAUUGAGAACGUCGGUGAGCCUUUGCUGCUGUAUCAGUCGGUCAAUUGA